GUUGGUUUCACAACCGCUACUGUGACGUGACAGUAGAGAGAGCACUGGCAAUGAAGGAUACCUGCAGGCGGUAAGGCAGUGGCAAGGCGUACAGUGAAGGCUUCGUCUGUUGUGACCUGUUUAAAUCUGCUCCUACCCCUCCUUCUUCUGUACCUAUCUGUCAAUGUCAGAAUCAACAGAUUUAAUUCAAGCUUACCAGAUUCAUCGUGGUUCCCACUUCCGCUUUUAUCUAAUGCCAUAAGAACAGGAUAGUGUUCAAGGAAAUGCUGACUUUACCAAAGAAUGGCUCCUACCGCGUUGACGCCUCUCGUGGAUGUGUCCUCUGUCGGGAGAAGGCCCCUUACUGAGUGGAAGCAGGUCUCGGUAUGCGAACAUGUCGGCUGUAUCCUCACAGGACUACUGGUCAAAGCUCUGUCGUGGUUGGCGAAGGGGGUCAUCAAACUGUUGUCCUGGCUUUGGCACGCCUCAGGUGCGGCGUAUCUCUUUGACAUCAUCCUGAGAGCUUUGACAAUUGUGGCCAUUGGUUAUAUAACCUUUUGGAUUGUCUUUAUCGCCAUCAAAAUCGUUCCAAUCGCUAUCAGGAUUGUUCUCCGGGUCGUCCGAGAACGCAGAGAAAGAACAACGCCGCGAGGAGUGUCUGGUGACUCACGACAUUUUCACGGAGUUUCAGCGGCGUCCUCUAGCUCGGAAGGUUUCGCAAACUUCAGGACAUCGCCUCACUCAAAUUACGGCACUUGCUCCGAGUCUGCCAGUCGAGGUCCUCCACCGCAAGACACCAACACCUACCAACAAUUCAUUCCUCCCACGGAACCGUCCCCUGUCACUCCUCCCACGGAACCGUCCCCUGUAACUCCUGCUCCUCCCACGGAACCGUCCUCUGUGACUUUUCAGAAGUGGCAUGACCACACCAAAACGUGCCUAGAAGAUAAAUCGAGCCUACAAGAAUUCCCCUACCCGCCCAUUGCUUCAUGUACUGAAUGCAGAGCCAAGCAAAAUCAAGGCCAGCCUUGUGACCACGCAAUUGCUGAUUUUUUUCGACAAUCACCCGAAUAUUCUUGCCAAUGGCUUAAACAAGAACGAAACCGCUGGCAUCCCGACAAAUUUGUCCGGUGCUCCGCUUCUAUACGCAAAUCUGCGGAAGACAUAUUCAAGGUCGUACAAGGGCUACAUGAAGGCCACCCGCCCCCCUAAGAUAAGCUCCAAGAAAAAUGAAGCGGGGUGCUGUUGACGUCUCCAAAUCAUCCGAGGAUAUCCACUGAUCAGGAUUUGUGAGUAAGGAGUGGGUGUCUCGGUCUGUCGUUGAACAUGGUCGAGCCAUGAACAUUGCCGUCAUCUUCUUUUGGUCAGUGACUCUUCAGUGACACAAAGAAGAAGAAGCACGAAGCGCUGUUGACACGACUAGCGAAGGCACUCCCGCUUCCACAAGGCAGAAUCCGCGUUCGGUAGAGGCCAUAUCAAAGGGGUGACAUAUGGCUUCGAAAUGGUCGUCACCACCGUCCUAUGGCUAAGGAGACGCCAGGUCAACCCUGUGGUAGACGAUAAGUCAGCCCUCCUCCGUACGACGAACAUUUGAAACAACAAAGGAUUCCUCUCAGUCCGAACACAUCCUUAAAACAAGUGACAGCCCAACACCCAAUCUGGACCUGUUUCGUUUUGGACCAUCAUUGCAUUUCCAGUCGCAACUGCAAACACGACCAAUAUCCC